AGAGAGAGAGAGAGAGAGAGAGAGAGAGAGAGAGAGUUUCUGUCCCGCCCCCGGACUACACCUCGGACACUCCCAGCAGGCGACAGACGGGCCGGGGGCUGGUACAGUCUGAAGGAAGGGAGAGCUCUUUAAUACAGAUCUGAACGAGCAUCGUCCCUGUCACGGAAUACAUUCAAACUAGAGGAGCGCAGAGCGUGAACCCGGCGCGACCAUCUUCUUCGGAACAAGCCCUCAACACCACAGCGUCCAUCUCUGUAAAAGUGGAAGUCCCCGCCGGACGUUUCAUUCCGUCAAGUCGACUCUCUGCAUCCUGCGCCCCAGUGCUGCGGCUCCGCCAUGGUUCUGUGCGAGGACGGAGAGUGCAGCGUCUGCCUCCUGCCCUUCUCGCGGAUGGACAGGGUCCCCCGGGUGCUCCACUGCCGGCAUACCUUCUGCGAGCCGUGCCUGGGGACGAUGUCUCAGGCCAGGGGCGGGCUGCUGACCGUGGGCUGCCCUCUGUGCCGCCGCGUGACCUGCAUAGGCCGCGGCCUCAGCCUGCAGGAGGCCCUGUGGGUCAACAGCAAGCUGUGGGAGCAGAUACCGGAGGACGUGGACGAGGAUGAGGAGGAGGAGGAGGAGGAGGAGGAGGACGUCCAGUUGAAGCGGGAAGCUGAGGGAGAGAGGAUAGAGGCUAAACAACAACCCUCGUUACAGGCGGAAUGCGUUUCCUCGAGCUCGGCGAGAGCGAGGCUGAAGCUACCCGCUUUCUUCAGAAAGUUCAGUCUGACCAAGCAGCACCGGGAGAGGAUCGUGCCCGGCAGCAACGUGGAAAUGAAAUCCUGGCGCAGGCUGCCCACUGAAGGGACUCGAUGAAAAAGAAGAGAUGUGCUAGGCGCCUCUCGAAGACCUGACUCAACCUCGUCCGUGGAGGGAAAAGUUGUGGCCGUUGAGACUGAGGAUCCAUUUGUGCUCCUGUCAAGAAGACAUUGUUGUGUCCUCGGCCGAAGGUUCCCCCCGUCCCAACAUUAGUUAUUCCCGGCUUAAUUCUCCCAGCUGUUGCUGUGGGAUUUGGUUCAGCUGUCCCAGUGGGGCUCACCCCCCCCAAGACCCCCGUCAUAACAGAUGGUCUCCUGAGGACGCUCCCUUUUCUUUUUUCUUUUUUCCACAGCCACUGCAGAACGUAACUUAUUGUUUCCUUUAUUUAUGCUAGAAAGUAGACAAAAGUAUUUAAUAAAACCGUAUUUUUGAAAGAAUGGUUUUAUCAGCGUUCUUGAUUACUAAUUAACGCAGAUGGAACCACGUGGCCUUGGCAGGCGACCGCCAUGCGAGAGGGAUCACGAGCUCACAGCAGAGACGCGUCGCACUUUCCACUUGUCCCUUAUGACACACGUCACGAAUUGAAGUGACUUCAAAAACGAGUGACGCCACUGGGAGAUGAGAGAACAGCAUAACGCCACUGUUACUUUUGUGGGCCCGAUUCGCAACAGAAACGCGCCACAAAAGACUCGUUCGAGCACGAAAGGGGAUUAUCAGCCCCAUUCAUCGCGCAUCUGGCACGGUUUCCACGUUAGAAU